CUCAACCAAUCUGUAUAGAAGGACAUAUCCAAAUUGGCUACUUACUGCUCAGGCGAACUCCAGCUGUGGCAACAACAUCUCUAUCAUGGCGCUCGAUUGGACGAUGCUGGAUGCGAGACACCAACCUAUACCCCUGGGUGAUGAGACCACCAUCAUGUCCAUAGAUCAUGAUUCUCAAGUGGAGUUCUCCUUGACCAUACCCGACGCGCCACCUUCGGGUGCUGCUGCCACCGGGGGCAAUGGUGGGGUGAAGAUGAUGAAGGAGAGAGGAAAACUCUGGCUGACGAACAAACGACUCAUCUUCACAGCACCCAAAGAGGGAAAGACCAAGCCGUCAUUCGAAUCGUUAUCGGUACCGCUGGACGCAAUCCUAUCUAGCAAAUUCGAACAACCCUACUUCGGCGCUAACUUCGUAGUGCUUGAUCUCAAGCCCUCGCCAGGUGGUGGGCUUACAGAUGGUACGAGCGUCGAGAUCCGAUUUUAUGACAGGGGGUUGUUUGAGUUCGUGAGCGUUUUGGAGAAGACGCGCGAAAGAGUCGUUUACAUGAAGAGACAGGCGGCCAUGGAGGACGACGAGAACUUGCCUGCGUAUACGUCAUCCGGCUCCGCACCCGGAGCUUCGAAUUCAUAUACGGAUACCCCGCCUGGAUAUGUUGCUUGAAAUCAUUUUAUUGACCCAGCAUUAUACUCUGUAUCAACGACAUCGGACUUUGCAAGGAAUGUAAUAUGUGUACAUUUUUCUACCGAACUUUCAGCCUUAUCGUCCGUGCAUGCUAGGUGUUAUAAUAUUAAUGUGUUGUUUGCAAUAUUU